AUUUCGACUCAUAUCAACAAAUAGUAACCAAGACAUGAUACUCGAAGCGCCCCGAAGUGAAGAUCAAUGCAAACGACACUCCAAGCUGCGUAAACCGCAUCCUGGCCAUUCUAUCAAAGUUUUCAUCGUAAGCAAAACUGGGUAAAUUGCUCCUGUCAACACCCAUCCAACCAGCAACUCGAACACAAAUCCAGGAACCAUGCCGGACAACACCCCCCGCAAAACCGGCGGAGGCGGCGGCGGUCGUGGCCCCCUACCACGCCCCGUACAAGUCUCCAAAAAGCUCUCCAAACUGCUCCGCCACGACGCCGAAAAAGAAGGCCUCAAACUCGACUCCGCCGGCUUCGUCAACGUGCAAGACAUCCUGGACAACCGGACGCUCAAAUCGCUCAAAGUCAGCUUCGACGAAGUGCUCGCGAUUGUGGAGGAGAAUGACAAGCAGCGCUUCGCCAUGGUGCCUCUUGAUGCUGGCGGCGAGGCCGGGGAGGGGGAGGAUGCGGGAAAGGAGCAGAAAAAGUUGAAAGCGAGGGAUUACAAGAUCCGCGCGAAUCAAGGGCACAGUCUCAAAGUGGAGGCGGAUGGCGGUCUGCUGACGCCUAUUGUCGAUGAGGCGGAUGUGCCUGCUACCGCCGUGCACGGGACCACGCAUGCGAAUUGGAUGCUCAUUGUUGCGUCUGGGGGUUUGAAGCCCAUGGGCCGGAAUCACGUGCACUUCGCCACGGGGCUGCCGGCGGGCUUUACGUCUGUGGGGGAUGCAGAGGCUGCGAACGUGGAGGUGGCGGCGCCGGUGAUUUCGGGGAUGAGGAAGUCGUCUACGGUGCUGGUGUGGCUUGAUGUGAGGCGUGCGAUGGCCGCGGGAUUGAAGUUUGGGCGGAGUGAGAAUGGGGUUGUGUUGACGGAGGGCAAUGCGGAGGGCUUGGUGCCGUUGGAGUUGUUCAAGAGGGUGGAGGAUCGGAAGGGGUUGGGGGUUUUGGUGGAGGAUGGGAAGGUGGUGAAGGAGGCGCCGGCGAGUUGGGCGGCGGAGGGAGGGCCUGGGAGACCGCGAGGGUUUGGGAAGGGCCGUGGGCACAACACGCUCAAAUGAGUUUGCGGAAGCUGGCUGGCCUACAUGAGAUAUGCUAAUCCUCCGUCCGCCUCGCGAUGCUGCAUCGCUGCGGGUACAACGGUCAAUCGGACGAACGAACGAGCCCAAAACGUCCCGGACCUCACGUCGGCUCCGACCAAUCUACCUGCUCCAACACCGGAGCAGCCCCAUUCUUCGUGUAUGACAGCUUGAGUCGAAGACGUAGCCGGGGUGGAGGAGGCUGCACGCACACCGCACUGGUUAGCAAACAUUGCAUGCAAAGUAGAGGAGAAGAGAACUCACCCCUUGAAC